AAUCAGGGGCCGCACACCCGCGCGGUCGAUCGCAAUGGCGGCGCCCAUCCGCCUUGCCUGGUCUCUCCUCGGCCGCGUCUCCCGCAUGCCCGCCUCGCCCCGCAGGAGGGUGACCUCUCUGCUCGUCGCUCUAUCCCUCCCGCGACCUGACCCUGGGAGCGGGGUCAAGGGUGACGGUUCUGGGGUCAGGGAUGACGGCUCGGGGGUCAGGGGCGACGGCUCCGGGGUCAGGGGCGACGGCUCGGGGGUCAGGGAUGACGACUCGGGGGUCAGGGGCGACGGCUCGGAGGUCAGGGGUGACGGCUCCGGGGUCAGGGGUGACGGCUCCGGGGUCAGGGGUGACGGCCCGCGGGAGGUGAGAGGUCACGGCCCGUGGUCGAGGGGUCACGCCGAUGGCCUCCCACGGGAGUUGAGGUGGCUGAUGGGGAGUGGUGGUGAGGAGCGGAGCGGUGAGGAGCGGAGCGGUGAGGAGCGGAGCGGUGAGGAGCGGAGCGGUGAGGAGCGGAGCGGUGAGGAGCGGAGCGGUGAGGAGCGGAGCGGUGAGGAGCGGAGCGGUGAGGAGGACUUUGGGGUGCCAAUGUUCGGGCUGAGAGGGGAGGCGGUGGAGGUGCUGGAGACUCCGCGGGAUUUCUACCGCGCCCUUCACGAAGGGAUCGGGACAGCUAAGAGGAGGAUCGUGAUGGCAUCACUCUACCUGGGAACGGGAGACAUGGAGACCAAGUUGGUGGAGGCGCUCCGCCAGGCGCUACGUCGCUCCCUAGCCAGCCCAGAUCCUCGACUCCACAUCCACGUCCUGCUAGACGCCACCCGUGGCUCACGCGGAUCCCCCAACUCAGUCUCAAUGCUUCUCCCUCUGCUGGACGAGGUGUCGGUACCCCCCGUGUCUCUCUCUCCCCGUGUCUCCCCCUCCCCGUGUCUCCCUCCCACCGGUGUCUCUGUCCGUGUGUCUCUCUACCACACUCCGGCACUCCGGGGUCUGGCGAGGCUCCUGCUGCCGGAGAAACUCAACGAGACGGUGGGGCUGCAGCACAUGAAGCUGUACGUGAGCGAUGACACAGUGAUCGUCAGCGGGUGAGA